CGGGGCGCUGAGGCACGCGGCGCUGCGCGUCGGUCAAUCGGACCAAUCGCGCGUCUCUUCCGCUUCCCCUGCGGCCCCGCCCCCCAGGGCAGCGCGCGUUUUCCGCGCUCUGGGAGGUGGAGGAGGGAGGGUCAGUUCGCUGCUCAAACGACACAGACGGGCGUACACUUACCUGCGCUCCUGUUCCUUGUUCCUCAGGCCCCGUGGUCAUUGGUUCUAGUCACACAGCUUUAUAGGGCUCAAGAGGUAAGCCAAGAUUGCGUUUUCAAGAUGGAAAGCCCAUCCGACCCAGCCGUGGUUUCACCUAGCACUCCGCAGGCCUGUGCCAGUCCACCAUCUCCCCGCCCAAGUAGUUCAAGAAAACAACCGAUGAGUGCAACACUUAGAGAACGACUAAGGAAAACUAGAUUUUCAUUUAAUUCCUGUUACAGUGCGGUAAAACGUCUUAAAGUAGAGAAUGAAGAAAACGAUCAGACUUUUCCUGAGGAACCUUCAAUAGAGGAAAACUGUUUGGAUUUUCAAGAAAAUUUUAAACACAUAGACAGUCCAUUCAAAGAAAGUACAUGUUUGAAAAAUACCUUCAAGAGUAUCAGUGCUUGUGAAUCUAAGUCUCUUGAUACUGAGUCACGCAGUGAUCUCCAGAGUGACUUUGUGAAUGAGGAUCUUUCCAAACAAGGAUUAAGUGAAGAAAGAGCAAAAUUGGUGAAGCAGAUUGAGGAGAAAGAAGAUCUUCUUCGGAGGCUAAAACUGGUCAAAAUGUAUAGAUCAAAGAAUGACCUGUCUCAGUUACAGUUGUUAAUACAGAAGUGGAGAAGCUGUAGCCAGCUGUUGCUUUAUGAGUUGCAGUCAGCUAUGUCUGAGGAAAACAAGAAACUCAGCCUUACUCAGUUGAUAGACCACUGUGGGUUAGAUGAUAAACUGCUACACUACAACAGAAAUGAAGAAGAAUUUAUGGGUGUUUAAUUCAUAAUUUUUUUCUCUGGAAUAUUUUUGAGAAUGACAAAUUUACUUAACACAUCUUAAAAGGAAGGUAGAAACCAUUAGGGCUUAGAGAAAGGUGUCUUGAUGAAUGUCAGUUUAGGGCACUCUGCAAUGUAAAGUAAGUUCUAAAAUGAAAAUUUAGUAUUUUGAAUAAAUUUGCCAGAGAAAACUUGACAUUUAAAGAAAUGUGAAAAAAAAUUAAAUCAUGUUUACAAAGUAAUUGGGUCAUUUCUGGAGGUCAAUUUUAAUACGUUUUGUUUAUUGUGGUAAAAAAAGUUUUAGAGUUUUAUUUUAAAUGUUAAAAAUUAGUUCAGUCUGGUGAAUGUCUAAACCUAAAGUUGUCUAAAAAUGCUGGCCUGUCUCCUCUAAGUUUAUGACCCUUGUUUCUAUCCAUUUACCCCACAUUUCCAUCUGAAUGGUGUAGCAGGUAAUUAAACUUAUUUAUAUGUCCAAAA